UUGGAAUAGCCAGGCAUGUUGCAGGAGACGGGGGCCAACCAACUGUUCAGCAGUUUUUGUUUAUAUACCGGAUGCUGUCUGUAAACAACCUCGUGCGGCCACCUAAGCGAGCUUCAGUUGACGGAAACGGGCCACAACUGCUUCUUACUUUGCAAGGUCUUUUUGACAAGGAAAAACCCUCUACGACUCAGGUGGACACACUAGCUGUUUUGCUGGACGAUGUCCUGCUCGAGCCAACAACAGACUGCGUGGAAGACAUUGGCCCCCUGUCGACCAAAGACUCCAUUUUGGAUUACCUAAGCGGAUAUGUGGCCAAUACGUUUUCUACUUUGGAUUGCGCCGGCUGCGUUGAAACGAUGUUGAGUGCAACACGUCAGCCAUCUAACCUGAUCCAGACAAAAUCGAAGGGCUAUUUGAAAGUACCUAGCAGCCGCCUUUUUGCUCUCCUAAACAUUAUUGAAGAACAUGUAGAGACGUACACGGUACAAAAAAUUGCAUGCGGCGACGUGUACGUGAGGAUUGUUGAGGGCAUUUCGCUCGACAGCCGUACAGCUUCAGCAAGUGUAGGUUGUGUGUCGCACUUUUUAGGGACAACAGCUGCGGUUGUCCACUUUGUUUUGAGAUGUAGAUUACAUUUCUUCACGCGAGAAAAAAACAAAGCCUCGCGGGCAACUGUGCGAGGCUCAUGCGCUGCAAGUGGGGGGCGGAAGCCACAGUGUUAA